UCAAAAAAAAUUAUUAAAAAAACGUUUUCUUACUUUAUAAGUAGCUGGAACAAGAACCAAAGUAAGGCCACUCUAGUUUGUGUAGCAGCAAAAUAUCUUUUUCUCACACACCCACCAUGGGUCACGAUCGUCAGCUUCACGUAUUUUUCUUCCCCUUCUUCGCAAAUGGUCACAUCAUACCCACUAUUGAGCUGGCUAGAGUCUUUGCCUCAAGAGGACUCAAAACCACCGUAGUCACCACUCCCCUCAACGAGCCAUUCAUUUCAAGAACCGUAGGAAAAGCCAACAUCACCAUCAAAACCAUCAAAUUCCCGUCGCCGGAGCAAACUGGCUUGCCCGAAGGUUGCGAGAACUCCGACCGCCUCUCCGGAAUGCAGAUCAUCCCAUUCUUGAAGUCCACCGUGCUUCUGCGGGACCCACUGGAGCAGCUGCUGCAGCAAGAACUCCCUGACCUCAUAAUCGCCGACAUGUUCUUCCCAUGGGCUACGGACUCUGCUGCCAAGUUCGGGAUUCCUAGGAUUGUGUUCCACGGAUUAGGAUUCUUCCCAUUGUGCGUGUCCGCGUGCGUGAGAAAAUACAAGCCGCAGGACAAGGUUUCCUCGUACAGCGAGCCCUUCGUGGUUCCGAAUCUGCCGGGGGAAAUAAUGCUCACCAAGAUGCAGCUUCCGCAGACCCCGAAGCACGACUUGGAAUUCACCAAGAUUCUUGAAGAAGCUAACGCGUCGGAAUUGAAUAGCUACGGCGUGAUCGCCAACAGCUUCUACGAACUCGAACCAGUUUACGCAGAUCAUUAUAGGAACGAGCUUGGAAGAAAAGCGUGGCAUUUGGGACCAGUUUGUUUGUCCAAUAGGGACAAUGCUGAAAAAGUACACAGAGGAAAUGAAGCAACGAUUGACGAGCACGAGUGUUUAAAGUGGCUUGAUACGAAGGAACCUGAUUCGGUUGUUUAUGUUUGCUUUGGUAGCAUGACAACCUUCCCCAAUGCUCAACUGAAGGAAAUUGCGUUGGGUUUGGAGGCUUCGGGGCAGCCUUUCAUCUGGGUUGUGAAGAAAGGGUCGAGUGAGAAUCUGGAAUGGCUUCCAGAAGGGUUUGAAGAAAGAACGGUAGAUCAGGGAAAGGGUUUGAUCAUAAGGGGUUGGGCACCCCAAGUGAUGAUUUUGGAUCAUAUAGCGGUUGGGGGGUUUGUGACUCAUUGUGGAUGGAACUCAGCUAUGGAAGGAGUGUGUGCGGGGUUACCAAUGGUGACAUGGCCCAUGUACGCGGAGCAAUUUUACAAUGCUAAGUUUUUGACGGACAUAGUUAAGAUUGGGGUGAGUGUUGGGGUGCAAACGUGGAUUGGGUUAAUGGGAGGGAAGCCUGUGAAGAAGGAGGUUAUAGAGAAGGCUCUAAAGAGGAUAAUGGUGGGUGAUGAAGCAGAGGAAAUUAGAAACAGAGCCAAGGAUAUUGCUAAAAUGGCAAAACGAGCUGUGGAGGAAGGAGGAUCAUCUUACUCCGAUUUCAACUCUUUAAUUGAGGAUUUGAGAUCGCGAACGCUUUGAUGUGUGCAUGUAGAAAAACUUUUGUGCAAUAAUAAGAUGAUCGAUUAUGUCUA